CCGCCGCUGCUUCCCGAGCUUGAGACACCCGCUUCGUCGGCUCCACGCCCGUGACCGAGGCCAGCACUCAGCCGAUCGUGCUCCAGGCCAGUCGCCACUACUGAGUCGGAACAAAAUGUCCGUCAGCGUGCACGAGAACCGCAAGUCGAGGGCCAGCAGCGGCUCCAUCAACAUCUACCUGUUUCACAAGUCCUCCUACGCCGACAGCGUGCUCACCCACCUGAACCUUCUACGCCAGCAGCGGCUCUUCACCGACGUGCUUCUCCAUGCCGGGAAUCGAACCUUCCCCUGCCACCGGGCGGUGCUGGCCGCGUGCAGCCGCUACUUCGAGGCCAUGUUCAGUGGCGGCCUGAAAGAGAGCCAGGACAGCGAGGUCAACUUCGACAAUUCCAUCCACCCCGAAGUCCUGGAGCUGCUGCUCGACUAUGCCUACUCCUCGCGGGUCAUCAUCAACGAGGAGAACGCUGAGUCGCUGCUGGAGGCGGGGGACAUGCUGGAGUUUCAAGACAUCCGGGAUGCCUGUGCCGAGUUCCUGGAGAAAAACCUGCACCCCACCAACUGCCUGGGCAUGCUGCUGCUCUCUGAUGCACACCAAUGCACCAAACUCUACGAGCUCUCCUGGAGGAUGUGUCUCAGCAACUUCCAGACCAUCCGCAAGAAUGAAGAUUUCCUGCAGCUGCCCCAGGACAUGGUCGUGCAGCUCUUGUCCAGCGAAGAGCUGGAGACGGAAGAUGAGAGGCUGGUGUAUGAGUCCGCCAUCAACUGGAUCAGCUACGACCUGAAGAAGCGUUACUGCUACCUCCCCGAGCUUCUGCAGACAGUGAGGCUGGCGCUGCUGCCGGCCAUCUAUCUCAUGGAGAACGUGGCCAUGGAGGAGCUCAUCACCAAGCAGAGGAAAAGCAAGGAGAUUGUCGAAGAGGCCAUCCGUUGCAAACUGAAAAUCCUGCAGAAUGAUGGCGUGGUCACCAGCCUCUGUGCCCGGCCUCGGAAAACCGGCCAUGCGCUCUUCCUCCUGGGGGGGCAGACUUUCAUGUGUGACAAGCUGUACCUGGUCGACCAGAAGGCCAAAGAAAUUAUUCCCAAGGCUGACAUUCCCAGCCCGAGGAAAGAGUUCAGCGCGUGUGCGAUCGGCUGCAAAGUGUACAUUACUGGGGGGCGGGGUUCCGAAAACGGGGUCUCAAAAGAUGUGUGGGUUUAUGACACCCUCCACGAGGAGUGGUCCAAGGCUGCACCCAUGCUCGUGGCUAGGUUUGGCCAUGGCUCCGCUGAACUGAAACACCGCCUCUAUGUAGUCGGGGGGCACACGGCUGCCACGGGCUGUCUCCCAGCUUCCCCUUCAGUGUCCCUAAAGCAAGUAGAACACUAUGACCCCACCACCAACAAAUGGACCAUGGUAGCUCCGCUCCGAGAGGGUGUUAGCAACGCCGCAGUUGUGAGCGCCAAACUCAAGCUGUUUGCUUUCGGGGGUACCAGUGUCAGUCACGACAAGCUGCCCAAGGUUCAGUGUUACGAUCAGUGUGAAAACAGGUGGACGGUGCCAGCCACCUGCCCGCAGCCCUGGCGUUACACAGCUGCAGCCGUGCUGGGGAACCAGAUUUUCAUCAUGGGAGGAGACACAGAAUUCUCUGCCUGCUCUGCUUACAAAUUCAACAGUGAGACUUACCAGUGGACAAAGGUAGGCGAUGUGACAGCCAAGCGCAUGAGCUGCCACGCCGUGGCCUCUGGAAACAAACUCUAUGUGGUCGGAGGAUACUUUGGCAUUCAGCGAUGCAAGACUUUGGACUGCUACGAUCCGACUUUAGACGUGUGGAACAGCAUCACCACGGUGCCGUACUCGCUGAUUCCGACGGCGUUUGUCAGCACUUGGAAGCAUCUGCCUUCUUAAGGGAGCUGCGUCCUGAAGGAAGUGAGCUUGAGCUCACUCUACAAGUCAACAUGAGGUUUCUGCUUUGGAGAGGAGGACAAGUUUAAUGAAGAGGAAGUAAACCUAAAAGUUGCUACGAGACUUGAGUAAAAUCCGCUGCACCUUGUAAAUGUUUAACUGGACAUGAAGGAAGAGGGGGCGGGAGGGGGGCGGGAGUUUCCGUGCACGUAGCACAUGGUUUAAAUAUGAAUGAAUGAACCUGUGAUCCAGUCCUUGUCUUGUAAUUGUGGAUUAAUGUCAGCGUUAAUCAGCCCCUUAAAGGGAGAGAAAAGCUGGACCUUUUCGCUGGCUGUACCAUAUUCAGCCUUUGAUUUCCAUGGGCUCCACCAUUUAUGUGUAAAAUUUGAAAUGGUUGUCACCUCUCUCUGAGGAGCGAGCUUGAAGGCUCCCCCACCAGCUGCUGUGGGAGAUUGAGAGCAGGGGUCUGUGGGUCAGGAGGGAUGCUGGCGGGGCUGGCUCAAGCAUGAGAGCCAUCAUCCGCCCCCCCCUUCAUCUCAAGGGGCUGUGCGCCCCAGGAGGCUCUCUGAACAAUAGGGCUGUCGUUGAGAGCCGUUGGGUAGAUGUUCUUGUCUAUUUAUAAAUGACUUUAAACUUCCCCUUAGCUGUUAAGAAUGUGUUCUAGAUCUAGCUAUUUAUUAUCUGACGCCUGCAUGCUGAGACAGUGCUCCCCCGUUGUCUUCAUAUGUGUGGACCUGUGUGAAUGGUUGUGUGUUUUUUGCACAUUUUGUGGCUGUUAAGAUGUGCUUUGCUGCACAAAAGUGAAAACUUAAAUUUUGAGUUAACAGUUUGGGAUAUAACUGGA